CGCAUUGCGUCGAGCCCAGCCAUUGGCCAGAAACGCGCAGCGUAAAAAUUUCAAUGAGCCGCCAUAUUGGCAGGACAGCCCCUCUUUCAUUCGCUUUGAGGCAAGCCAAGAGCUACUUUCGGGACAGUUCGAACGACCGCCGGCGAGAAUUCAGCUUCACGGUUCAGAAAGAUUGGUCUGCGCCGGCGGAGGGCUGUUUUAGAGGGUUUGGAGUCCAUCGUAUUAGGUUGUAGCUGCUCUUACCACAAUGGCGUCUGUGCCUACGACUCCAACCGGCCAGAAAAGCACGUGUGGCGUCGGCACACCACUGAGUCCGACCAGGAUCACCAGGCUGCAGGAAAAACAGCAGCUACGGGACUUGAAUGACCGCCUGGCUGUCUACAUUGACAAGGUCCGCAGUCUUGAGUCAGAAAACGAUGUGCUCCAUCUGAAGAUUAGUGAAAAGGAAGAGGUCCGGAGCCGGGAGUUGAGUGGGCUGAAAGCUCUGUAUGAGACCGAGCUCGCCGACGCCAGAAAGAGCCUGGAUGACUCCUCCAAGGAGCGGGCCUGGCUGCAGAUUGAGCUGGGAAAAAUCAAAACUGACCAUGACCAGCUGCUUCAGAGCUACAACAAAAAGGACUUGGAGGCAGCAAAUGCUCAGUCCCGGCUAAAGGAUCUAGAAGCGCAGCUCAACUCCAAAGAUGCAAUGCUGGCCACUGCCCUCUCUGAAAAGAGGGGUCUGGAAGCAACUAUUAAUGACCUGCAAGAACAACUUCAAGAGCUCGAUAUUGGCCUUGCCCAGGCUAAAAAACAACUUGGUGAUGAGAUGCUUCUGCGUGUUGUUGGAAACCGCUGCCAAAGUCUGACAGAGGAGGCAGAAUUCCGUAAAAGCAUGCAUGUGGAGGAGGUGAAAGAAGCUCGGCAGCGCUAUGAGACACGGUUGGUAGAGGUCGACUCUGGCCGCAAAGAAGAGUAUGAAUACAAGCUGACCCAGGCCCUGGCCGACAUGAGGGCUCAAAAUGAAGAGCAGAUUCUGAUCUACAAGGAGAACAUGGAGAGCACCUAUGCAGCCAAACUGGAAGAUCUGCACCGUUUGUCUGAGAUGAAUGGUGCAUCUGCAAACAUGGCCCGAGAAGAGUUGAGGGAGUCCAGCCUGAGAAUAGAGAGUCUGAGCGCACAGCUUGGAAGCCUGCAGAAGGAGACCAGAGGAUGGAGAGACCGCAUCUCUGAAUUAGAAGCAACUUUGGCCCAAGAGAAGGACAACAGCCGUAGACUGCUGGCUGAAAAAGACCGUGAUCUAGCAGAGAUUCAAGCCAAAAUGCAUCAGCAACUAAAUGAGUAUGAACAACUGCUGGAUGUGAAACUUGCACUGGACAUGGAGAUCAAUGCCUACCGCAAACUUUUAGAAGGAGAAGAGGAGAGGCUGAAACUCAGCCCCAGCCCUACAGCUCGUGUGACAGUGUCUCGAGCUUCAUCCAGCAGCCGAAGUGUGCGCACCACUCAGGGCAAGCGUAAACGUGUGGAUGUGGAGGAACGGGAAGCCAGUAGCUCUGUGAGCAUCUCUCACUCUGCCUCAGCCACAGGGCCUGUCCUUAUUGAGGAGAUUGACACUGACGGCAAAUUUAUCUGUCUUGGCAACAGCAGUGAUGAGGACCAAGCUAUGGUUGGUUAUGAACUCUUGAAGACAAUUGGAGAAACAUCAGCCACUUACAAGUUCACUCCCAAGUUUGUCCUUAAAGCUGGCCAAAAAGUCACGAUUUGGGCCUCUGAUGCUGGUGUGAGCUCCAAGCCUCCUUCUGACCUGGUGUGGAAAAGUCAGAGCUCGUGGGGAUCAGAGGAGGAUGUUGUGGUGGUGCUCUUGAACCCUCAGGGAGAGGAAGUGGCAAAAAGGACCACCAUUUAUAAUGCACCAAUCGAAGAGGAACAAGGCGAUGAUGGUAUGCAGGCCAUUGAGGAAGAACAGCAAGUGGUUAACGAAACCAAGAGAUCCAACUGCGCCAUUAUGUAAAGGUUUUCAUAUGAUUUCACAUCUGCUGACCACCUCCACUGAGCCCAGCCACUCCGCUGCCAACUACAAUACCUACAACUAUUUUUCUAUCUUUUUAUAGUGUUUUAAUAAGAUUUUAUGUUUUGAUGUUUUGAUUUUGUCUUUUUCAUGAAUUUUGGUUGUUCUACUCAAAGCCAGGUUCUCUUGACACAAUAUGUGAGUUUUUAAACACCUUUUUAAACAUUUGGUUUUGUAUUUGUUAUUAUUUACUUGUCCUGUUGUUGGACUUAAAAACAAAGCUUUGAAUUCUGACUUGAAGGCUGGUUUGAAUUACUUUUCUCCACUUUGCUUUUAAAGUUGCAUAAUGAAUGUAUAGAAAAUAUAACUAAUCAUAAGCACACUAAGGACAGUGAUAAAAGUGGGUAAUCUGAGGAUUGUAUUAAAAAAAUACAAUCACAAUAGCCAAGAUUUUGUCUGCAAAUACUGCCAGUCUGAGGUAAAUAGUUCACAACCCAAACUGACCAGACCAAACACUAAGGAACCACUGAUACACCCUACCUUAUCUGGGCUGAAGAAAAUGAGCCAAAUAAGAAAUCUGGAUGCUAAACUGUGGGUUCUGUGACUCCUCACUAAGUAACCUCCUUUUGUUGACUUCAGAAUAUACUUGCACCACUUAAAGUGUUGAUUGUAUUGUUAACUUUUCAUGUGUUUUGAAUACUGUGUUAUGCAUGCUAUGGCCAUAAUCUUCAUUGUUAAAUUUAAAAUGUAUAUUUCAUGUAGGCAUUGUCAUUUUUUAGCAGUGAAUCAGGCCAGGUAGAAAUAAACUUGUCAAAUAUUUUAGUAAUUGUGCCAGCAAAGGUCUAUUUUUGUAUUUGAUAUUUUGAAGUAGUUAAUUGUAUUCAUCUACUUAAGUGUUCUUACUUAGGCUUCUUGUUGGCCAGCCGAAUCCUUGUUUAUCAUCCAGGUGUGUUAACUUUAGAAUGUUACCAAGAACUAAUUAUCUUAAAUAACAGGGUGCUAUUCAAUAAAAUAAAAGCAUGGACAUUUGUGAAUUUAA